AAAUGGCGGCUCUGCACCAUGACGCCGCCGCCGGCCUCCACCGCCGUCGAUUUACUUCCGAGAAUAUCAGUCUCCUUAAACCGGUUUUCUUCGUUUCCAGCUCUUCCGCUUCAUUCCCAGCUAAACGCGCCCGAAGAAGAAACCACCUUCGCCCAAAAAUCCUCAAAACCCUUCAAAACCCCAUUAUCCCCAAAUUACCUGCAAACCCAAUAAUCCCAAUUGAAAACCCACCUCAAGAGACUAAGCAGCAGGAAUUUGAGAAGCAUGAAUACUCAGAAUCAGCUGAAUUUGAAGAAGCUGGAGAAUUGCAAGAACUGGAGGAGGUUAAGGUUUCACCGCCUGCCGGCGUUGAGAUUGAUGGAGGAAUUGGUGUAGCCGGUAAAGACUCAAUCUUGAAAUAUGGGUGGUGGUUUGUUGGAGCUUUCGUGUUCCAGACAGUUCUAGCUGUUCUUUUUUAUGGUCUGGAUGAUACCGAAAAUAAAAGGGAAAUUGUGAAUGGGAGUAGUGAACUGGGGGCUGUUUUGGAUGAAAAGGGGAAUUUGAAAAGGGGGUUGGGAGAUGUUGUUAUUGGAGAUGGAAAUGUUGAUGUGGAGAAGUUGGAGAUGGAGAGGAAAAUUGAAGAGAUUCGUGUAAUGGCUAGGGAGGCCAGGGAAAAGGAAAGAUUGCAAUCAAAGAGGAAUGGUGGUGAUGGUGAGGAUGAUGAGGAUGAUGAGGGGACUGAUGGGGGCAAACAUGUCAAAAGUCAGAUAGAGGAAGAGCUUGAUGGUGCAAUGGUGAAGUUGAGGAAGAAGCUAGGGAGUUCGCGCUUAAAAACACCAUUGGUUGGGCAUUCAAGUGGGGAGACGAAGAGAGGAGGAGAUGAGGUUGCAAUGGGUGCUUUAUUAUAUAAAAAGAAGUAUAAAUUCAAAGAUUUUUCCAGUGAUACGGUAGAGAAACCCAAAGGUUUUGUAGGUUUAGAUGAUAGUAGAGUUGUUGGAGAUUAUGUAGAGGAAGGGAAUGAGUUAUUUAGAAGUGGGAAUGGUGAUCAUAAUGGAGAGAGGCAGACUGAAGUGUCUAAUGAUGAUUCAAUGGUAUCUGAUGCAGUUCGAGUAGUGGAAGAGGAUAACAAGAAAGAGGUGUCUGCAGUAACCAAGUCCACUAGGAAUACAAGGAGUAAGGUGACGAAAGAAAGGGGGACGAGCAGGCAAGGAAAGACAAAGGGCGUGGCAAAGACCAAGGUGAUAGAUGGAAAAAUAAAUGUUGAAGCUAGUCAAGCUACGAAAUCAGGAAAAGCUAGUGAUAAGCUGUCUACUGGAAAUGGUACUUUCAGUGGCAAAGGAUUUGGAAAUGCUAAAUCAGCUAUGAAAAGCAAAAAUGAUACUGGCCACUGGUGGUUCAAUCUUCCUUUCGUUCUAGCUAUUUUUAUGCAAAGAGGCACUGGUGGUGAAGGGCUUUAUACGUUGAAAAGCCUUUCAAGCACUGACGAGCAGACAUCUUACACUGUAGCUUUUGAAGAUCGCGUUGAUGCAGCCAACUUCUGUUAUCUUCUGGAAUCAUUCUUUGAGGAUUUGGGAGACUUCAAAGCUGAUGUUGUUCCGUUAACUGUCAAAGAACUAAAAGAGGCAGUAAAAUCAUAUUCCUUGAGGGCAUUUGUCGUGAAGAGAGGGCAACUUCAGCUCUAUGCGGGCCAGCCACUUACCGAUGCUGAGAUGGCAUUACGAGCAAUCAUUGAGCAAGGCUGACGAGACAACUGCAACUUGCCAUUCUGCGGCCUGACUACAAUCCAGCAUCUGAGUAUUUGAAACCUCCUUUCGAAGUUUUCGGAUGUCAAAGGUGUUUUUUGGAUUUUGAAGAGUGUUGUUGAUAAAACAUUGGACAAUUUAUGUUUUCUUUUAUAGUAGUUGAAGUUUUGGAUUUUGAUAGCA